UCGACUGUUGUCUGUGCUGUAAACUCCAAACUCCCUGCAACUUUUUAGACCACAUUUCCCCCGUCGAGGUCCAGGUGGCAACACCGAAAGUGCAAGAUGUCUGUCGCAGGAUUUAAGAAGCAGUUUUACAAAGCGAGUCAGAUGGUGAGUGAGAAGGUUGGAGGUGCAGAGGGAACCAAACUGGAUGAAGACUUCAAGGACCUCGAGAGGAAAGCAGAUAUUACCAGCAAAGCAGUGGUGGAGGUCCUCAACAAAACAUCAGAGUACCUCCAGCCCAACCCGGCAACCAGAGCUAAGCUUUCCAUGCUCAACACAGUGUCCAAAAUGCGUGGGCAGGUCAAGAGUCCAGGCUACCCCCAGCCUGAGGGACUCCUGGGGGAGUGCAUGACUAAGUAUGGACUGGAUAUGGGCGAGGACAAUAACUUUGGUGGGGCGCUAAUAGACAUCGGGGACUCAAUGAAGAAGAUGGCUGAGGUCAAGGACUCUCUGGAUAUUGAUGUGAAGCAGAACUUUAUUGACCCACUGCAGGCUGUUGCAGAGAAGGAUAUCAAAGACAUUCAGCACCACCUUAAGAAGCUGGAGGGCCGCCGCCUCGACUAUGAUUAUAAAAAGAAACGUCAAGGUAAAAUCCCAGAUGAAGAGCUCAGACAGGCCCUGGAGAAGUUCCAUGAGUCCAAAGAAAUGGCUGAAUCGUCCAUGCACAACCUGCUGGAAACAGAUGUGGAGCAGGUGAGUCAGCUGAAUUCUUUUGUGGAGUCUAUGCUGCAGUACCACAGAGAGGCCUCGCAGAUCUUGGAGGAGCUUUCUGACAAACUGAGAAAAAGGGUGACUGACGCACAGUCUCGUCCAAGGCAGCAAUACACACCUAAACCCAGACCAUCCUUUGACUAUGGAGAGGUAGAAAACUCUAAUGGAGGAUACUCGCCAGCUGCAACAACCCCCCCAGCUUACUCUCCUGCCCAAACACAAUAUGCAGGUCCAUCCUUCCAAAGAACCUCCAUCAAGAACAGACCGCCUGAGCCAUGCUGUAAAGCCCUGUAUGACUUUGAGCCAGAGAACGAGGGAGAGCUGGGCUUCCACGAGGGCGACAUCAUCACCUUGGUCAGUCGUAUUGACGAGAACUGGAUCGAAGGAAGCAUUCGCGGUAGAACAGGAUACUUCCCCAACAACUAUGUUGAAAUACUGGUGCCUCUGUAGGAUGGUAGUGGAUUAUCAACUCUUAAUAACCAAAGGUUAUCUUUCUAUUAAAUGAAUUUAAGGAUAAACAUCUCAAAACAGGGACCUUAUUCAUACCAAGAAGUUUUUUGGGUAAAAAGCUGUUUUAUUCUGUCAAAUUAUGUCAAGAUAUAAUUGAUUUUUAAAAACCAUCAGUAGAACAUAAUGUUUAGGUGCAUUUACCAUAUCCCGAGUAUUUACAUUCAUAGUCUAUAUGCACCUGUGCACUUUGUACACAACACCUCCAUCACUGGGACUGAUGAAGAAAGAUCAUGAGAAAAUGACCUCUGUAAUGAUAUGCCCAGCACUAUCCACAAACACUAAGAAGUGCAACCGCUUUAUUAUUAAAUCUUAACCUAUUUUAUAUUCACAA